AUGGAAACGAAGGAGGAAAUGAACAUGGAUCAAAUGAAGAGUAAAGCUGUUGAUCGUGCUGACAAUUUACUUUGUCGUGCAAAGGAAUUUCGACAUGUUCAAGGAGCUAAUAAAUUAAUUAAGAAAAUACUAGCCGAAUUGAAUUUUUUACAAUCGACUCAGAUAGAAGAUUUACAGAAGAAAACCAAUAACCUCAAAAGUAAUAAUUUGAAUUAUUUUAGUGCUAUGGUCAACACUAUCUCUUCAUGCCAUAAUUUGGUUGGCAUAUUUAAAUCCUUUUCCUACUUAUCAAGCCAACCCAAUCAAAGUAGAAAGAUACUCAUGGUUGAUGUUGUUUGCGAUGACGGUUUAACUUGGAUAAAAGUUAUUUCUAGAAAUCCAUUGGCGUUACAUCGAUUGUUUCAAGGCGAAGGACGAUAUGGCGAAAAACAUAUUAUGCACCAAGCUAAUGAAUACCUAAUGGCUCAUGAACAACAUCCAUGCAACUUUAGUAAACCUUCUUUAGUAUUUUCUUUUAGUAAUGGAUUGUCUGAAGCAAUUGCAGAUGAACUAAAAGCUGCCGAAAUUAAAGUUAUUGGACAAAUAAUUCCAAACGAUUACUUUGAUCAUGACGGCCUUUCUGAUUACAAAGAAUUGCCCUUGCUCAAUGAUAUUAAAUGCGAUAUCCCUGCUCCUAAUAUGCCAGCAUGCACUAAGGCAUUUUUCGAUAUUACUACUCUCUUCGCUUAUGUAGCUGAAGUUACUAAUGGCGAUUGCCAUCGCGAGUUUAAGGAUCCGAUAUUGCAAGCACAAGCCAUUGAUGAGAAGGAAUGUCCAGUUUUACCACAAAUCAACGAAUAUAUUGAAGGUAAAGAACUUUAUACUUGCAAAGCAGCAGUAGAAGAUUUUCGUUCCAUACUUAUGACUGUCGGUAGUAUUAGAGAGCGUGAAAGGAGCAAAGAUUUAUUAGAAAAGCUUACUGUAGUAGAUGAUGACCCUAGUGCAAGGGUUUUACAGCUAAAGACUAGCUCAAAAGUUAAAUUACGAUCAAUUAUUGUAUUCGGAACUAGCGAUAAACUCAAAGCAACAAUAAUUACGGCAAAUGUGGCUUUUCUUCGAUCAGCUGCAAAUCAGGGCGUAGAAUUUUCCGCAUUUGUUCAUCAAUCACGAUUUUUAACUGGUAUUCGGCAAUCGCUGCCAGAUGAAGAAUACGCUAACUUGAUUCAUUCCAAGUAG